AUGUGCACGGUUUUCCUCGUCAUCGGGCUAUGCGGCCACUAUGUGAGACUUCGCUACGAACCUGAAAAGUCAGACGACUGUCCCGAGGCAAGAAAGUUGGCGCUGGCAGGCAAGCCAGUCGUCUCGUGUACCGGGAAAAUCAAGGAGAAGAAAGAAUUUCCGAAUGUCGUCUGUCGCAGAGAGCCAUGUUGGCUUCCGUACAAGCAGAAAAAGUACGGAUGGGUUUGCUGCAAAUGCGGAACCUCGAACAAGAGCAACACGAACAAGUGCUCUGGGGACAAGUGUGGCAAGUCGAAGAAGCCUGAGAUACCUGGGAUGCCGCGCAAGCCUCGCAAGCCUCGCAAGCCUCAUCAACCAUGUGUCAAGUGCACCCCCAAGGAACAGAAGAGUAGUGAAAGCCCUCGUACCCCUACCAAUCUUGAUGUUGCGACAGUGGAUGAUACCGACGGUGACGAGGCAACCUCAGCGAACUAG